UUUCAUUCCGUCUGUCAGUUUCAUGUGAGAUUCAGUGUCGGCUUCUGUUUACAAUGGUUUUUCUUAGAAGACUUCCAUGGAAUCUAAUUGGUUCAUGGAACAGACAAUAUGUUGCACCUUCCCGGAGGAUUCACACAAAUUUCGUGUAUCUCAAACGAAGGAAGACAGCUGAAGAAAGGAAAUCCCAGCGAAUAAUUGAAUAUUCCCCGAAAAAGUCCAAUAAGAUCACACUGUCCGGGACUGUGGAUGUUUGGCGCAACAUGACCGUUGAGGAAUUGGCUAAGUCUGCUCAAAAGUCGCUGGAGCACAUUCAGGAGGUCAUGCUAUACGUCCCAGGGGCAGAUGAUUUAGAAUCAGAAACAAGAUUGCAAGAUUUGAAGGUUAUCAAGGAGAUUGUGGAGAAAUGUGGCAUGAAAAUGAAGAUUGUGGCUCCUCCAGAUAGUUCUGAGGUAAUUGUCAAAGAUAAGGAUGUGCAGCCACGACCUCCAGCAGAUCCUGAAGACAUGGAGCCUCGUCAUCCGAUUGUCACUGUAAUGGGUCACGUGGAUCACGGAAAGACAACGCUCCUGGACACACUCAGGGGUGCUUCUGUGGCUGCUGGAGAGGCCGGUGGUAUCACACAGCAUAUUGGAGCUUUUACAGUGGAAUUGGAAAGUGGGGAAAAGGUUACUUUCCUGGACACUCCCGGACAUGCGGCAUUCAGCGCAAUGCGAGCUCGAGGAGCCAAUUGCACGGACAUUAUUGUCCUGGUCGUGGCUGCUGAUGAUGGAGUGAUGCAGCAGACCAAGGAGGUCGUGCGUCUGGCCGAAGAGGCCAAAGUAGCAGUCAUUGUGGCUGUUAAUAAAAUCGACAAGCCAGAAGCGGAUAUUGAGAGGACAAAACAAGGACUGAUGCAGCUAGGAUUGACGCUCGAAGGACACGGAGGGGAUAUCCAAGUGGUGCCAAUUUCUGCGCUCAAAGGAACGAAUCUCACCGAACUCACGGAAACCAUCAGCGCUCAGGCCACAAUGAUGGGGCUCAAGGCGGACUUCAAGGGAUUCGUGGAGGGCAUUGUGAUUGAGUCGCGAAUUGACAAAUUCCGUGGAAAAUUGUCCACGACAAUCGUGACACGAGGAACUCUCCGAAAGGGAGCAAUUCUCGUGAGCGGAGUGGCUUUUGCAAAGGUCAGGGGUUUAUUUGAUCACACGGGAAAACCCCUGGAGAAAGCGACUCCAGGAACGCCUGUUGAGAUUCUGGGCUGGAGAGAUCUCCCAUUGGCUGGAGAGCAAGUUCUCGAGGUGGAGAGUGAAAAGAAAGCCGGUUCAGUUUUGAGAUUCCGGAAAAAUAAGCAAAUGGAAGAGAAGGCUGAAGGGGAUCGUGAGGCUAUUCUCAAGAAGGAGCUUGAGCAUCUAGAGAAGUAUCGAGCAGAACGGGAUGCAAGGAGGAAGGCAGGUUACUUCCGGAGCCGACAAAAGGGUCCGCGACAGAAAGAAAUUCCUGACGAUGAUCCUACUCCCUGUGUCAAUGUCAUCCUUAAAGGGGAUGUUCAUGGAUCCGUGGAAGCGAUCCUCAAUGUCCUAGACUCGUAUGAUGACUUUGAGAAGUGCAGGCUCAACAUUGUCCACUACGGAGUUGGAAAUGUCUCCGAAGGGGAUGUUGAGCUAUCCAAGACAUUCAAUGCGAUCAUCUAUGCCUUCUCUGUGGACUCUUUCGUGGCUGCGAAGAGCAGAGUGCCUGUUCGGGACUUCAAUGUGAUCUAUCAUUUGGUCAAUGAUCUCAAGGAAGAGAUCAGCAGCAAACUACCUCCUCUGGAAGUGGAGGAAGUUAUUGGAGAAGCGAGUAUUCUGCAAAUAUUCAAGAUAACGGAAGGGAAAAAGGAGGUAACGGUCCUGGGAUGUCGCUGUACUAAAGGAGUUUUGAAGAAAAAGCUGCAGUACAAGAUAGUGAGGCAGAACGAAGUCAUCUACACAGGAGUCCUGGAUUCCAUGAGGCACCUAAAGAACGAAGUGGACUCCGUCAAAAAUGACACUGAAUGCGGCCUGAAGCCCAGAGAUUUGUCUUGCGAAGUCCAACCUGGAGAUGUUGUUCAGUGCUUUACUGUCAACGAAAAGACACAAACAACAUCUUGGGAUCCUGGAUUCUGAUCCAUUUAACGUCUGUGAUUGCUGUAGAACAAUUUCUAGCAAUA